UUAUUUUGAGAGAGAGAGAGAGAGAGAGAGAGAGAGAGAGAGGGUGAAGGGAUGGAGGGGCAGUGCUGCUCCACCUCCACCAGCGAGGAACCAAGGAAGCCACCGCCGGCAGCGUCCAGGCGUAGGGUGGUGGCGGCGGGAAGCGUUGGCGGCGGCAGGGACAGACCUUUCAGAGGAGUCAGGAUGAGGAAGUGGGGCAAGUGGGUGGCGGAGAUACGGGAGCCUAACAAGCGGUCGCGGAUUUGGCUGGGAUCCUACUCCACCGCGAUAGCUGCCGCCCGGGCAUACGACACCGCCGUCUUCUACCUCCGGGGUCGCUCCGCCAGGCUCAACUUCCCGGACGAGAUCCUCGCUGAAGAUCCAGAGGCGGAGGGCUUCGGCAGCGGCGGCGUUAUGUCGGCCGACUCGAUCCGGAAGAAGGCCACCGAGGUGGGCGCGCGGGUGGACGCUCUCCAGGCGACACUGGUACCACCACAGCCGCCACCAUCACCGCCGCUGCCGCAGCAACACCACCUUCAGAUUCAGUGGCGAUCCAAGAAUCCUGAUUUGAAUCAGCAACCGAGCCCGGAGAGUUCCGAUGUCGAUUGAAGUGCUACAAACGCUAUCAGCACAUGUUCCAUAGCCGGUGAACAAGGAUAGAAAAGGACUAUAACUUCA